AUGGCACGAACCAAGGGGGCAGCUCGCAGCGGCGAAGCGGGGCAUGAGUUUCGAGAGAAUCAAAAGCGCAAACGCGAACUAGCAGAGGGUGCCUCAAGAGACAAAGGAAAUUUCCCCUCCAUCUUUCAGGAACAAGAUCGGCCCUCGAAAAAAGCAAGAGCAACUACCACUGUUACCAAGAUAUCUUCUCAUCAAUCCUCCUCCGUUGCUCCAGACACUCAAGAUCGAGUACAGACUGACGCUUCCUCUUCCGUCCCAGUCACCACAGCACCCUCCAAACUCGGAGGGCAGCGUCAAAUCCCUGCCCCUCAUGAUCUAACUCACACCCACCGAACAACCGAGUUGUCCAUCCUUUCCUCCUCGCAGAUCCAAAAGAAAGCCUCGCGUAUCCUCUCGAUCCUCAGUACCUUUUCUUUCUCGGAUCCAGCACCACACGUCGUGCUUUUAUCUGCCAAAGCACCUGUCGCAGGCAAACUCAUUACUAUUGCAGAGAUAGCUAAGCGGGAAUUGGCGAAAACUGGAGCAAAGUGGUUUCAAUAUAAUGUUGUUGGAGAAUUGACUGCUACCAUCCCGAGUAAUACUGCAGAAGCUGAGAAGACUGGAGAUGAGAAAGAUGGAGAUACUGAGAUGAAGGAUGGGGAAGAAGAAGAGGAGGAGGCUUUUGAAACCAUGAAAACUCCCUUCGAGAGAGCACUCGAAGCAGAAGAUAGACCUAAGAUUCGAGCUGUGCCUACUUUUACCCUCUAUCUAUCUCGAGUUAGGAUUGAAAGCUUGAAGAAGAUGUAUGGAGAGCAAACUAAUGCCUUGACUUGA